ACGGAGAGAGGAAGGGAGCCCGCGGUGCGGCCCUGCUCCGCCUCUACCGUGCUUUCCGGGAGCACAGCAGCGCCGGGGCCGGCGGCAGGGCCGGGCGGCGGAGGCGGCCCUCGCCGCGCCGCGGCCAUGGAGCCCGAGCAGCUGCGUCUUUCCGCGGCCGCACAUGGCCAUGGAGGCUAUGAUUCUGAUUUUAGUGAUGAGGAGAGUGGAGAGAAGUCUCUGCAAAAGACUAAAAGAAUACAGGAAGAUGACCUUCUGAUAAAGCCAUUCCAAAAACCAAAACAAGGCAGUGUGGUUCACAGACAAUUUGCAGCUGAAGAAUGUGAUAGGGAAGAAGCAAGAAAAAGAAGAUUUCACUUGAUAUCUAUGGAUGCUUAUGAAAGACAUAAGAAGUUUGUGCAUGACUACAUUUUAUACUAUGGCGGCAAAAUAGAGGAUUUCCGAAGAUCUGGAGCAAAUGACAAGACAGAUCUUGAUGUUAUUAGAGAAAACCAUAGAUUCCUGUGGAAUGAAGAAGAUGAAGCAGACAUGAAUUGGGAGAAGAGGCUUGCAAAGAAGUAUUAUGACAAAUUGUUCAAAGAAUACUGUAUAGCAGAUCUCAGCAGAUACAAAGAGAAUAAGUUUGGAUUUAGAUGGCGACAUGAGAAAGAAGUAAUUUCAGGAAAAGGUCAGUUUUCCUGUGGAAAUAAACACUGUGAUGAGAAUGAAGGCCUGAAGAGCUGGGAGGUGAAUUUUGGUUACAUUGAGCAUGGUGAAAAGAGGAAUGCACUCGUAAAAUUGAGACUAUGUUCAGAAUGUUCCCACAAACUAAACUUCCAUCACCGGAGGAAAGAAGUCAAAACAUGCAAGAAAAGAGGCACAGCUGCACAGAAUUCUAAGGAGCCAAAACAUAAGAAGAGAAAAUUGUCUCGUUCAGCAAAAAAAAAGUCCAAAAAAAAGACCCGUGAAGAUCAGGUUUCUUCAGACGAUUCAGGUAAUUCUGAUAAAGAUUCAGAUGACAGCAGUGCUGAAGAUGGUCCUUCUGAAGCUGACUCUUUGAAAGGUCCUCUACGAGAAGCAGAUGAAAAAUCACGGGAAGAGGAGUUUCAUGAGUAUUUUCAAGAUUUAUUUCUCUAAAAUUUGCAAUUGAUGUUGGCUGAUUUUCUUCAUGAGUUGUCAAGAUGGAAGUCUGGAAAUCCAGCCAUAAUUUUCCAGAGACCCCUAUCUGCCAGCAUACCUUUUCUACAGUCACUCAUAUGGACCAUUUGGGUGGGUUUUCUUUGUAGAAGGAUUUAAAUCUAAAAACUUUGUUUCUUGUUGUAGGCUACAUACUCUUAAACAAGAGAAAUAAUUUUUCAGUUCAGUGCAAAAUAUAUAUGGCACUCAAACUUAUACAAACAAGAAUAUAGUUUAUUAACAUUACAACAAGGAAGUUCACUUCUUUUAUUUGAUCUCAAACUUCAGUUAUUGCCAGAUUUUUGUAAAGGAGCAUUUUGUAAGAUUGUGUGAGUAGUUUAAAGCCAUACACUAUAAUAUAUUUAUAUAUUUAAUUUAUUAAACAAGAAUUAAUAGCCUUAAAUUUAUUGGUUAUUUAGAUUUUAAUAUUUGGGUAUUAAUCUCUGUAACUAUUUUCAAAUGCUUUUGGAGAACAUCACAUUUUUUCAAAUAUCUCUCCUACUCCUUUAAAAAGUUCAGUUUAUUGUGACUUUCUUUUAAAUUUUAGUUGUAAUGUGAUGUGUCUUACAUUGCCACCUAUAAAAAUAUGUUUGGUUGGUGAAAUUUUUUGUGUAAAAAAUAACAUGUGGCUUUUUUCUGGAGAUGUACGUGACUUUCAUGUUGUCUGUGGCUUCUGAUCUGCUUCCCAUUGACUGAACGUUAAUCCUUCUUUCCCGUCUAAUCCUGAAUAUACAAAUAAAGCAUGUAUAUUGCUUGAGAAACGUACUGGAGUCAUCUUCUUCUUUGAGUUGCAACGCAUCUUUAAACAUUCAUUCAGUCAUGUUUCCAAAGAACCAGACUGCACAUGAAAAGGUAUUAUGCCAAUAUUUUUUCUGUCUGGUGAAAAUGACUUUGGAUAUGAGG